UUUCCAACAACCACAGUGUUCAAAACAUAGCAAUCAAUAGAUUAACUCCGAAAAAAUUCAAAUUUAAAAAUAUUUUGAUUUAAAGAAUGCCUUUGCAUAUCGCCGACGGUAAAUCGCGACUUCCAGGCGUCAACAGUGAAAAAGUCUUCAACGGUGUGCUCACCUACGGUGCACAUAACUACAACUCACUUCCGGUUGCAUUAGUACGCGGAAAAGGUGUUUAUGUGUGGGAUGCCGAUGGAAAUCAAUUCUAUGACCUCCUCGCCGGUUAUUCCGCUCUUAAUCAAGGCCAUUGCCAUCCGCGCAUCGUGCGUGCAUUACAAACGCAAGCCGAACAGUUGACCCUGACGUCAAGGGCAUUCUUCACGGAUGCAUUCGCUGACUACGCGCGUCUCAUGCACCAAAUGUUUGGUUAUGACAAGGUACUACCCAUGAAUAGCGGGGUGGAAGCAUGUGAAACUGCUUGUAAAAUAGCGAGAAAGUGGGGGUAUACCAAGAAGGGAAUACCUGAUAAUGAAGCAAAGAUUGUUUUCGCUGAGAAUAAUUACUGGGGACGCACUUUGGCUGCGAUAUCAGCGAGUACUGAUCCUACUGCUAGGGAUAAGUAUGGUCCAUGGAUGCCUGGGUUCCUAUUGGUACCAUAUGAUAACCUCAAAGCUCUAGAAAAAAUGCUUGAAUCAGAUCCAAAUAUUUGUGCGGUUAUGUUGGAACCCAUACAGGGUGAGGCAGGUAUAGUGGUACCUUCACCCGGGUACCUCAAAGGUGUGCGUGAAUUAUGCACAAAGUAUAAUGUGUUGUGGAUUAAUGAUGAGGUACAGACUGGAUUGGGGAGGACUGGGAAGUUGUUGUGUGUGCACCAUGAAAAGGUGCGGCCUGAUAUGAUUUGUUUGGGUAAAGCGCUAUCUGGUGGUAUGUUACCGUUGUCUGCUGUUUUGGCGGAUGAUGAAGUCAUGUUGUGUAUGUUACCCGGUGAUCAUGGUUCUACCUUUGGUGGUAACCCGCUGGGUUGUAGGGUUGCGUGUGAGGCAUUGAGGGUUAUUUUGGAUGAGGAUUUGACGGAGAAUGCGAAGCGUUUGGGGGAUAUUUUACAACCGGAGUUGAAGCAAAGGUUGGAUCAGAGUGUUGUGAAAUGUGUGAGGGGGAAAGGACUCUUGGUUGCGAUUGGGAUACAAGAUGGUCUUUCUUUCGGCUCAACUGACGUCUGUGUCAAACUACGUGAUAAUGGCAUACUCUGUAAAUCUACCCACAAUGAAAUAAUCCGUCUAGCGCCACCGCUAGUAAUCACCGAGGAGCAAUUACGCGAAUGUAUCGAGAUAAUCGUCGAGACGAUCAACUCGUUCGCGAAUAAGUAAACUUAAGUCACUCACAGAUUGUUUACCGUUGCCAUGGCAACACAAAUGCAUGUAUGUAGUAUGUUUACAUAAUACACAGAUAAAUCCGCUCGCAAUUGAUGUAAAACUCAUAUAAUCUCUAUAACUCUGAUUCGCAAUCGGUCACACGGCUGCAAUCACAAUUAUAAGUUGACUUAACUUAAGUACACAUGACUUAACACAUCUCACGUGUGUAUAUCGUUGAUCACAGUGCAAAUCACACAUCAAAACAUUUUUAUUCUGCAAAAUACAUAAUAAUACAGUGUGUAUUGCAAUUAUAACAAUUAAAAAUUCAUCAUUAUGUAAAUUUAAUGUUUAAACAUUGAGUUGUGAGUCAUUUAUGCUAUAAUUAUACACAACAGACAAGUGAAUAAGUUUAUAAACCUAGUUAAUCGUUUAAUAAUUAAUUGACGUCACAUUAUCAACAAUAACUGUAAUUAUCUGGAGUUGUUACACUGAAGCAACACUUUUUUUGUUUUUACGAUAUUUCACUGUUACAUAAACAUGAGGCAAUAAUAUUUAAUAUGUACAUACAUAAUUUGAGUGGUUUUUUGAGUGGAAAUGCUUGAAAUUUAUGUAAACAUACGAAAAGUGAUAAGCACAUUGGAAAAAUUAGUAGUAUUUAGGUUAGAGUACCACUAGUAAAUAAUAAAUAUGCAAUAUUAAAUUUUCCAAAGGAAAAAAAA